GGUGAUCUGCCUUCUUCUCUCUUCUCCUUUCUUUUUUUUUUUUUUAAUAUAUUUUUCUAAUAGUCAAGGUAUGUCGUCUGAAACAGAAGCUCUAUUCAAAUAUUAUAGUAACCAGUCCAAUUACCGUACAAUUCGCCAGGGAGAAGCUCUGUACAUGACGACUGCGAAAUCCUUACACUUUAAUGACUAUCAUAUUCACUGGAGAUUACAUUUCUUUUGGACAAUAGCAGUAGCCUGCUUUGUAAUGGCUAAACUAUGGUGGCUUGUUCCUUUACCUGGUUACGACGUUCUCCCUGCUUUUCGUACGUAUCCCGCCAAUUUCUUAGACACCAUAUUCUUGACAUUUGCUUGUGCUCUUGCCACAAGAUCAAUUGUCAUUGGAUUGUUAAAGUCUCUUAGAAACGGUAUUCAUCCUGAUUCAAUUAUUGCUUUUGGCUCUACCGGUGGAUUUGCUGCCAUGUGGUCUUGUAUUAAACACAGAUCCGGCGUUCGUUAUUUCUUGGUUGCUAUGCUCGUUACUGCUUGUACCUUGCUAGGUAACGCUUUAGCGGGGGAAUUACAAUCCACUGUUCGGAUUUAUUACAAAAUAGGUGGUGUCACAUCGCUCAAUACAGCAGAAUGUCAGCACAUCUCUAGCAAAGAUUAUAUGCUGGCAUCAUCAGCCUAUGAAUCUGGACUCAUUACCAAUACCAUUUCGGAUGCAACAUCACUCCUAAAUACCCUAAAUGCAUCUCAACCAAUGAAAUCAUUCACUAUAUCUAUAAUCAAAUCAUCGCUUGCUCCUAUUCAAAACAUUACCUUUCUUCCGCCUCAAAGUAACACAAACAUUUUAAGGAGACAUCAUCCUCGUCCAAAAACGACCACAACCGAGACCGCGGUACAAGAACAACAAACACCUAUCAGUACGUUGAUCUCUUCAUCGAUUUCACCAGUAUCAACAAUCCCUGUUUUUAAUAAUAUCGAUGCAAACAAUGAGACAAAUGCAUUGAUCAGCACAAUCACGCCUGAAAACAUCAUUUCUGCAAAUACAGUCGAACCUGGUAUAAAUAUGAACAAAUUCAGCUCUGCCAGUACGGAACAUUUAUUAAUUCCAUCAUCUGCAACCGGGGAAUUCAACCAAAGUAGCCCGCUGUCUAUAUUUAGAAACAAUACAAUGUCUAUUGCCAGCCAAAUUAUAUUAAAUGCUUUCCGGUUUACAACAUCCGACCAGCAAGAAGUGAUAGGAGUGUAUUCUUCAUUAAAUGAAAUUGUAACCGGAGUGUAUGUAAACGCAAUCUCCAUAAAUCAUACUUGUCAAUCACGGGGUAAUAAUGUGAUAUGCGACGAAGGUAAAACUUAUACUGCAAACAACAAGGUGGUUGCAGAUGCAUUGGUAUCAGCCAUCCGAUCAGGCGACGGCCUCUAUGGAACAAACUCCGGUGCCGGAUUAGCGAUGGAUAUAGUCAAUGGUGUCAAUAGUACUGGUAAAAAGAGUAAACUAGCCGAUUCUUUAUUUGCCAAUCCACUGUGUAAUGAUCCUGAUUUGAUUCCCUCAGAAGGAAACAUUUUAAUUCCUUAUUCGGCCGCAAGAUUGAGCAAUUUGGCCAUCAUUUGGUUGAUUUUGUUCCUUAUUCUGUGGAUCAUUGGUGUGUUUUUAAUUGGCUAUACAGAACAUACUUGGACUCAAUUAGCUACCACUGGAAAUAUGCUACCUCAAAUCAUUAGCAAGUCCCCGAACAUGUUUGAAAGCAAUGAUUUGGGUGCAAGCACAAUUAACCAAGAGAUGUUUUUGGACCAAGAAACCGGUCAAAUGACUUUGGAUAGAGUUUAUCGCCAUGGUUACUCAGUUACAACGACAGUCGUUGGCUAACAAUCACACUCACACUCACACACACACACAGCAUUUGUCAUCAAAGAUCUUAAUAAUAAACCAGUCUUAAUUUAUAUCAUGU